GGCAAUAGAGAGCAUCUCCCUCCCUCCCUCCCUCCCCCAAGUUUGCAAUUGUGUUGUUUUUCUGGGAUGUAUGUAGCUGGCCUCGUGGGAGAUGUUUUUCCUUAUGAUGCCUUAAAAGCAGCCCAACUUGCUAGCACUACAGACAACUCACUGGAGAUUCAGUUUGUCCCCUUUUGGGCUUGCUUGCGGCUCCUAGCUGACAGCAACCAGCCCCAUCCCACACACCAUAGCUGGCCAAGUCCUUCCCACCUGGGUCUGGAGGAGGCUUUGCGUACCAUUUAGGUGCUGUUAGGGUCUCACGGCUUACUUUGGAGAUUGGCUGCCUGGUUGUCAGUGCUGAGAUGCUGAACAAUGAGCACAGGCACCAUGAGUAAAAACCGUACCUGCAUCUCUUAUGGAUCCAAUGCAUUGACUGGGAGUCUGGAAUACCUCCAGGGUUUAAUCUUGGAAGAUGCACGUAGCGGUACAGUCCAGUGCCCUCACAACCAAUGCUGUUUUGGCAUCUGGAACCUAACAGAAGGACAACUCCAAGUUUUGGUGCAAGGUUGCUGGACUAAUGAAAACAAACCCAGCGAUUCUCCAGCCUGUGAGCCUCAAGCCAUUCCCGGCAUGUCAGCCUGCACGUGCUGCUCUGAUCUGUGUAAUGCUAACAUCAGCUAUAUGGUGUCUGGAAGGAGGCAGGUUGAGUUGUUGCCGCACCCCGGCUGGACCACCUGGAUUCUCGCAGCCUGCCUUGUUCUGCUGUUCCUGGGUUGCCUGGUGUUUCUAGCAGUUCUGAAGCGCUGGAAAAUCCCCGCAGCACAACUCAGCUCUGAAGCCACAUUGGAGCUCACCAAGGUCAUCUCAGGCCCAGAGCAAAAAGGCAGGAGGGAACUGCCCAAGCACGAACUUCCAGACCUCCAGUUCCUCCAGAUUCUCCAUCAUGGGCAGUUCUCCAAGCUCUGGCAAGGAACAUUCAAGCAACAGCCUGUGGCCAUCAAAGCUUUUUCCCCUCUGGGCCAUUGGCAAUUUGAAUCGGAGUGGGCUGUGCACAGCCUCCCGUUGAUGAACCAUGACAAUGUGAUACAGCUGGUGGCUGCUAGAUGCGGAGGACCCAGCAUGGAACAAGGUGGUCUCCUGGUGCUGACGCUGUACCCAUUGGGGUCAUUGCGAAAUUUCCUCAGCCAGCACGUUUGUUCCUGGGACAUCACUCUCCGGCUGGGAUCAUCCCUUGCCAGGGGCCUUGCUUUUUUACAUGAGGAGCAGUGGAAGGAAGGUCUGCAUAAGCCUGGCGUGGCCCACCAAGACCUGAGCAGCCAGAAUGUGCUUGUACGGGAAGACUGGACCUCUGUUAUCAGUGACUUUGGCCUUGCUGUGACUUUGCCUGAGAGUCUGAAGCAGUGGAGGGAGGAUCCUGCAGAACACAUUGUUCGCACGGCUGAGCCCCCACACUACGUAGCUCCUGAAAUUCUGGAUGGGAACCUGAACCUCAAAGACUUGGGUACGGCAUUGAGGCAGGCAGAUGUCUACUCUUUGGCGCUGGUGCUGUGGGAAAUGUUCAUGCGAUGUUCAGCACUCUUCCCAGAGGGCGCCACCCCUGAGUUCCAGCAGGCCUAUGAAGCAGAACUGGGCAGCAGCCCUACACACAAUGAAUUGUGGAGCCUAGCUGUUGAGAAAAGGCAGAGGCCCGCUAUUCCUACAGCUUGGAAAAGUUUUGGGCAGGUUGCUGUUGGGUUGCAGGAGCUCCUAGAGGAUUGCUGGGACCCUGACCCAGAGGCUCGCCUGCAAGCCCACUGUGUCCUGGAAAGGUUGCAGGUGCUAGGAGCUGAGGACCUGCUGCAAGAAGACUGAAGGCUGAAGUCCAUUCUGUGUUGGGCUUUUGCUUCCUUGGCUGAGCAGAGCUUUUUUCCCUUUUGCUGAGAACCAACACGGACCCCUUGCGGAAAAGUCCUCUCAGGAGCAGUUUGUUAGUUGGACCCUGCCUGGAACUCAUCUUAAUGACCAGGGUGUGGGUUUUUGUUUGCAGUGCUUUUUAUACAUUCUGUCCAUAUAACUCACAUCAUGAACUCUGGCCACUGAAUCACCUUAAUCUGCAUGUUACGUAUAGGUUUCCACCGUGCACCUUGCCCUUGCCCCUUGAAUUAAUCUCAUUGCUUCCUGCAAGAUAACUGAUGCCUGCACAAGGCAGGACUGCAUCUAUUCUGUGGUUUGGGCGACAAUCCCAAGCUCGCUUCCCUCUGAGUAAGUUUGAUUGAACACAGUUGGCCAUACCUGGGAAUGGAUAUGACUCAAGUCAUGCUGCAUAGAAGCAGAAGUUUGUUCUGGGCACAGAAUUCACUCCCUUAAGAAUAUCUGUUUUAUUUAAAGCAAAAUUGUGUGUCUGCUCUGUAUGCUUGUGAAGGUAGGUUUGCAAAUAUGCAUAUAGUGUGUAGUAAAAUGAACACUGGAAGUCCCAAACAAGGCCACAGAAAGCUUUUGGCAUUUGAGAGGACAGACAAAAAUGGGAUAACGGACAGAAAAAAGAAUAAUAAAGAGGGCAGGGAGAGAGUAGACUGUAUGGGAUGGGGUGCUUCUGUCCCAUGUGUGUGGCUUGCUAUACGUUUAUGAGUGUGUGUGUUUGUGAGAGCAAAUGUACAUAUAAUAAUGGGCUCAAACUACACGAAUCUGGAUUUUGGCUGAAUAUUAGGAAAAACGUCCUAACUGUUAGAGCAGUAUGACAACGGAACCAAUUUCCUUGGGAAGUAGUUAGCUCUUCAAAACUGGAGGCAUCAAGAGAAAAUUGGGCAACCAUCUGUCAAACCUGCUUUGAUUUGGAUUCCUGUAUUGAGCAGUG